UUCGGCGAGUUGCUUGAAAAGCCUUCAACCAGCUCUGCUAAUAAUAAAACGAGAAAAAAAGGAAAACGCGAAUAUUUUUCCCUUGAAAUUUGGCCACACUGAUUCAAUCAUCAAACUCCAGCAACAGAGUAUUAAUAAAAGAAAAUACAGCCAAAAAAAAAACAUGACUGCCAAAUUGAGUAUGCCAAGAGCCUCCAUGACAGGGCUUCUGAUGGUCGUGGCUCUGGUUUUGUGCACAUGCCAACUGGAAACAACAGAAGCCCAAACAUUCCACUACAGUCGGGGCUGGACAAACGGGAAACGAGCCUCAACUUCCGGCUUCCGGCUCUUCAAUAACAGACCCCAACAAGUGGCCUCGUCUGUCAAUCGGCAUUUCUCAAACGAAGAAUACCCCUUCGAUGAAAUCAAUACCUCCGACGACCGAGUAAUGGAAGACUUCAGGAACCCAGCAAUUGGAUCUCUUCUCUUCCAGGAAACAACUUGCAUGGUGAAGUUGGAUGAGUGCCAAAGACGAUUGGACGACCAGCACAAUAAGGCAAACUUCGAUGCCCUGGAAUCCAGAACUUCUUCCGGAAACAUCCAUAAAUCAACGUAAAAAAGAAAAUUUGUGAAAAAGAAGAAAACCGUCGGGGAAAAAAUGAGCAAUUUUGCGCACAACGAAAAGCAAUUCUUUUUUUCUUCAAGGAAUGUGAAACUUGCCGCAUUUGCUGAUCCUCCCAAUUUUCAUUCCAUAUGCUGUAAAAUGGUAUACUUAUUAUAUAGAGGGCAUAUGUGAACUGCGGGGUUUUCUGGCUUUCUUGACGAAAUUCUCGUCUUCUUCCUGGGAAAUUGUGCAUGGAAUAAAAUGCAGAAUGCAAUGUUGGAUGCUUCUAUAAGGCCUUGAUUGAACCCACAUAUCCGGGAAUGUAUGACAAAUAAAGUCUGAUGAUGACCUCGUCUGGGAAUAAGUGUCAUCGUUCGAGAACAGGUCGCGAAUAAAGUUCUGUAUAUGACACGAG